CAAAGACUUUCCUGAUUUUGCUUUCCUCUUUGCAUUUUUAACACAGUGGGUCGGAGUUAUAACACAGACACAACUUUCUGCCCUGCUUUUUCAACUUCCCCCCAGCCUUCUCACAGCUGGAAGAGCUAACAUCGGAGACCCUGUGCAGAAGCAGCCAGCCGCCGGCCACCAGGAGUGAGAGCGUCGCCUGCGUGUGGGCUUGGGGACCGGCCGCACCCUCGCCAAAGGAGGCCGGAGAGGAGCGCGGGGGGGGGUCGGAGCUCCACGGGGUUCCCCCUCGGCGCCAUGAGGUCGCUGCUGCUUCUGCCGCUCUGGGCGCUCCUCCAGGCUUGGGGCAGCUCUGAAGUCCCGCAAAGGCUUUUCCCCUUCCGCUGCCUGCAGAUCUCGUCCUUCGCCAACAGCAGCUGGACGCGCACGGACGGCUUGGCGCGGCUGGGCGAGCUGCAGACCCACGCGUGGAGCAAUGGCUCGGCCACCGUCCGCUUCCUGAAGCCCUGGUCCUGGGGCAAAUUCAGCAACCGACAGUGGGACAUGCUUCAGCAUAUCUUGCGAGUUUACCGAACCAGCUUCACCAGGGACGUACAGGAAUUCGUGAAAAUGCUGCGCUUAGCCUAUCCCGUGGAGCUCCAACUGUCUGCAGGCUGUGAGGUGCGCCCUGGGAACGCCUCGGAAAACUUCUUGCACAUAGCCCACGAAGGAAACCAUAUCCUGAGUUUCCAAGGAACUUCUUGGGAGCCAGCCCCGAAGGCCCCAGUUUGGAUAAAUGAGGUCAUCAGUGUGCUCAACUAUGACCAAGGCACAAGGGAAACGGUGCAGUGGCUUCUGAAUGACACCUGCCCCCAGCUUGUCACUGGCCUCCUUGAGGCAGGGAAGUCAGAGCUGGAGAAGCAAGUGAAGCCCGAGGCCUGGCUGUCCAGUGGCCCCAGUCCCGGGCCUGGCCGUCUGCUGCUGGUGUGUCACGUCUCAGGAUUCUACCCAAAGCCCGUGUGGGUGAGGUGGAUGCGGGGAGAGCAGGAGCAGCCAGACACUCUGCACAGUGACCUCCUGCCCAAUGCUGACGAGACGUGGUAUCUCCGAGCGACCCUGGAUGUAAUGGCCGAGAAGGCAGCUGGCCUGUCCUGUCGGGUGACGCACAGCAGUCUAGAGGGCCAGGACAUCAUCCUCCACUGGGGUGGGAGUGGCACCUCCCUGGGCUUGAUCAUCCUGGCAGUGCUGGUGUGCCUGGUGUCCCUCCUUGCGCUCAUUGUAGCCUGGAGGCUCUGGCUCAGGAGGUACUGCUCCUAUCAAGACAUCCUGUGACUCCCAUCACUACACCUGCUCUCCUGAUCUCAGAACCUCAAGUCCUAGGACUUCAUUCUGGUCUUCUGGGGCAUCAAGGAUAAAAGGAGAGGAACCCUGAAGAAGUAGAGAACAGUCGUAAGGAAACUCUCAUCAUACCCUUUUAACAUUUGUCUAAAAGAAUUUUAGGAUUAUUUCAUUAUUACUACAAGUUCAGGUGCCGAGAUGGUUCUGUAUAAACAGGAGGGCAGGCUCAGAUACAAACCAGGGACAAGCGGACAAGCACUGGGGCAUCAGUGCACGUGGUGGAAUCUGCACUGAACUGGAAACCACCUGUCCUGUCCAAAGGAAGCAGGUACAGGUGCGUGUCGUCAAGUAGAAAGUCAGGCUCUGGCUUGGCUGUAACCCACACUUACCAAGAAAACUGGACAUCUGGUUUUCUGUGUGAACUUUCCUGACUUUAAUACAUUGACUCAAGAUUUGAGAAAAUAACUGUGUGAGACACCCCAAAUACAUACCUGCUGGCUGAUGACAACCCAAGAACUACCAGUUUGUGUCUCUUUUUAAAAAGGUUUGCCCUGAAUGACAUAUUGGCAGCUUUUAGGCAUAGUUUCUAUUGUGAAUUUGGGUUUACAACUGAAGAAGGACAUUUUCUUCUUAAAAGAAAAUUCAUUUGUAAGAAACAGAGGUGUCUCAAGCUUUUACUUGGUGUAAUUAUAUUAAAAGAAGAUACUAUAUAUGUAUUUUUCUGAAAAAAGCUAACCUGAGUAUGAAUAUUUCUCCCAAGUGGUCAGUCACCCUUUUUAGUUGGAGGAAAAUGUUUAUUAAGGUAUCUCUUUUCCCCCUUCCAAAAAGGACUACAAACACAGAAGCAGUCUCUCCUACUUACAGUUCUCGAAAAAGACAAUGGGCCCAGUGUGGUGGCUCACCCUUGUAAUCCCAGCACUUUGGGAGGCCAAGGCAAGAGGACUGCUUGAGACCAGGAGUUUGAGACCAGCCUGGGCAACAUAGCAAGACUCUAAAACAAACAGCUGGCUGUGGUCGUGUGUGCCUGUUGUUCCAGCUACUGGGGAGGCUGAGGUAGGAAGAUCGCUUGAGCCCAGGAAGUUGAGGUUACAGUGAGCU